AUGCACCCGUUUGAAAAACCACGCGAGUAUACAAGAGCGCUCAAUGCUGCCAAAUUGGACCGCCUUUUUGCAAAGCCAUUUGUCGCCGCAUUUGAGGGCCACAUUGACGGUAUUUACUCACUUGCAAAGAACCCCAAGCGCCUUGAUAUCGUAGCGAGCGGGAGUGGAGAUGGCGAGAUCCGUUUGUGGGAUGCCAACCACCAGCGCUGCGUCUAUACCUACCCUAAAGCACAUAUGGGCAUUGUACAAUCCUUGUCUAUCUCGCCUCUCACGUUUGAGGGCAGCGCCUCUGCGAGUGAUUCCCCUGGCGGGCGGCGCAUGCUGUCGUGCUCGACCGACCGCACGAUCAAGAUGUGGAAUGCCGACCCUGCGCCAGAAGGGCUAGGAUCAUUUAGCGAAUAUACCCCCGAUGGCGAUGCAAGCGAUGAUGAGGUGUCUGGUGCGCGCGAUGCUGACCUGUUCAGCAUGCGCCCUCUCGACCUACCACCGAGCGAGCCGCUGACCGUGUACAAUGGGCGCACCGCAUUCAACGCAGUGUCCCACCACGCAACGCAGCCCCGCUUUGCAUCCGCAUCGAGUACGGUGCAGGUAUGGGACAUGAACCGUGGCGGUGGCUCUGACCCUUUGGUUACGAUGAGCAUGGGCCACGACGCAGUCAAUAUUGUGCGCUUCAAUCCAAGCGAGACAGACGUGCUUGCAGGUGCAGACACAGACCGCGGCGUGACGCUAUACGACAUGCGCAGCGCCAAGCCACUGAAACAGAUGGUGUUACGCAUGCGUACAAACGAUAUCGCAUGGUCACCGUACGACCCCACGACGUUUGCAGUGGCGAAUGAAGAUUACAACAUGUACACGUUCGACAUGCGGAACUUGUCUUCUGCAACGCAGAUCUACAAAGGCCACGUCGGCGCGGUCAUGUCGGUGGACUGGUCGCCUACGGGCCAGGAUCUUGUGACGGGCAGCUAUGACCGUACCGUGCGCUUGUGGGAUGUCGGCAAAGGUGCGCGCUCGCGCGAUGUAUACCACACCAAGCGGAUGCAAAAGGUAUUUGCCGUGACGUACGCUUUAGACGCGCGAUUUGUGUUCAGCGGCUCCGACGACGGCAAUUUGCGUCUGUGGAAAGCGAAUGCGAGUGACAAACUAGGGAUUGUCAAUGCACGCGAACGCGCAAGUCGCGAUUAUGCCAAGGCGCUUCGCAAGCGCUGGAACACGGUCGGGGAUGUAGCCAAGAUCGAGCGCCAACGGCACGUACCGAAACCGAUCCGCAGUGCACAGAAGCUGCACCAUACUAUGACGGAAGCAGCACGUGUCAAGGAAGACCGCCGCCGCAAGCACUCCAAGUCUGGCGCAAAGAAACCCAAAGCGGCGCGCAAAGAUGUCUUGUUGCAGGAAAAUCCAUAG